AUGAAAACCUUAUAUACAGCUUUGCCAGUGUUCCUAGGUCUCUGUGGGAGUGUCUCCGCUCAACCAACGCGUCAAUCUGGUACCUGCGGCAUACGGGACACACCCAACUACCAUGAUAAUGCCGGAGUACUAAAAUACGUCAACCCCCUCAUUGGCACAUAUGGCGUAUCUCCAAACACCAAUGGUGGAAUGAUUCCCUCGGUCUCCACUCCUUUUGGGAUGACACGAUGGACACCGCAGACGCGAGAAAAUUUCAUCUCUCAGUGUCCUUACGGUGAUAGCGACCGUCUGAUUCAUGGGUUCCAGGCUACACACCAGCCAGCUAUCUGGAUGGGCGAGGCGGGUCAGGUUGUUUUGACACCGGGAAUAGGUGAAGUCCAGCCACUUUUCAUUAACCGGGGACUUGGUUUCCGCAAGGAAGAUGAGAAAAGCACACCCUAUGUUUAUGAGGUGGUCCUGGAUGCUACGCAACUUUUGGGUCGAGACUGGAAUGCUACGGCCGAGUAUGCGCAUGAUGGGCCUGAUCCUGGUGGUGCUGGUACUGUGCCUGAAGAGGUUGAAGAGGGUGCGAAUGGUCGAACAAGAAAGCGAAGCCAAAAGCAGAUUGGAAUAUCCUCUGGCCUGGAGACGCGGGAAAAUCCCCAGCGGUCGAUUCGGGUCGCUAUGACUGCUGAUUCUCAUGCUGGGCAUCUUCGAUUCAAUUUUGAGGAUUACAGUGAUUCGGCGGAGAGGCUUGAACCUUGGGUAUUCAUUGAAGCUUCUCGUCGCAAUUGGACUGGGGAGGUUCAUGUUGAUCCUGAAACAAGAGAAAUCUACGGCUACAACACGGAAAGACAAGACUAUCUUCUUGGACCAGACCGCGCGUCGUCAUUCAAAGGGUAUUUUGUCUCUCGAUUCUCGGAGCCCUUCACGAAAAGUGGUGUCACCGACGGAAACAUCAUAUUUGAGGGGGAAAUGGAUAGGACUGGAAAGUUUACUGGGGCGUUCGUGAAAUUCCACCAGAACGUCACUGCUGUAGAGGUUAGAACGGGUGUGUCAUAUGUCAGUGUCGAGCAGGCGCGUCGUAACUUAGAGUUCGAGACCCCCGAUAGCGCCUCAUUCGAAGAUACCAUUCACCACACAAAGAACGCAUGGCUCGAGAAGCUGGGACGGGUGACAAUUGAAGGUGUCAACAACACGGACGCAGACCAUGAUCCGCGUACAAUCUUUUACACCGGCCUAUUUCAUGCAUUGCAGUAUCCCAGCGGCUUCUCUGAGCCAGUAUCUAGGGAUGGCAACUUGCGGACCUUUUACUCCGGUUACACGGACAGCAUUCAUACUGCCAACGACUCAUACUAUCAGUCUUGGUCUAUUUGGGAUACGUAUCGAGCGGAGCACUCUCUACUUACACUGUUUGCCCCCGAACGAGUCAACGGCAUGAUGCGGUCAUUGCUAAAGAUCUUUGACUGGACUGGCUGGCUACCCAUGUGGGCCAACAUGAUCGAAACCAACAUCAUGGUUGCGACAAACGCAGAUGUUGUGCUUGCCAAUGCUUUGGAGCGCGGAUUCCGGGACUUCAAUAUUUCUAAGGCCUGGGCAGCAGUCAAGAAAGAUGCGUACGUGCCACCAGUUCGUGAUCUGGAAGUGCUUUACUACGACCGUGAGCCUAACACUUCAUAUGAGGUGCGCGCUGGACUGACAGCCUAUAUGAAGCAAGGAUGGGUCUCUAAUGAUGGCUGGUCGGAAUCUGGAAGCCGGACUUUGGAUUAUGCAUUUGACGAUUACGCGUGUUCUAUCGUGGGAGCGCAUGUCAGGGCAGAUAACGACACAAUUACUGCUCUUCGUGUUCGAAGCGGAAACUAUGCCAACAUUUGGAACAACGAAACACACUUUAUGCAGGCACGCAAUCGAAAUGGGACUUGGGCAAACAACACAUGGGGUUGGACUGAAGGUGAUGACUGGGUCUACACAUUUGACGUGAUGCAUGAUGUUGAGGGCUUGUCUAAACUUUUCGGUGGUCGGGAAGACAUGCGUGACAAACUGGAUACGUACUUCCAGGACGGACACAACGACCAGACCAACGAGCCAAGCCACCAUGUUCCCUACCUUUACUCAGUUCUUGGCUAUCCCGACCGCUCUGCCGAGACGAUUCCACCCAUUGCUUGGCAGAACUAUAACGCCACCAGUGGUGGACUCAGUGGUAACGACGACCUGGGUCAGAUGAGUACAUGGUAUAUCUUCUCAGCACUUGGAUUCUACCCGGUAAACCCAGCCAGCGAUGAAUACGUUGUCUCCGCCCCAUUUUUCGAGAAGACUACUAUCCGCUGGUCAGCCGAAGCUACUACCGGUGGUCAGGCCACACAUGAGUCCGAUAAGACCCUUGUCAUUAGUGCUCCUGGAGCACUCAACAAACCAUACGUCAAGAGCUUGAAGAUAGCCGGAAAACAGGUGGAUCUGCCGAAACUAAAACAUGCCGAUAUAUUGAAUGCCGGAACAAUUGAGUUUGAGAUGAGUGACACUCCUACUUCCUGGGGAACCACCCCUGCAUGGGAGAAAUGA